AUGUCACUAAAACAGGCUGCGAAGGAAAGGCUGCUUUGGGCAAUAAAGCAGGUGGUCAUACCCUUCGGGAGGAUAAUCAUGCUCGUUGACCCGAAAAGCCUUAAGGUUAUCUCCUCCUGUUGUUCUGUGAGUGACCUUCUGGACGAGGGAGUGGACCUGGUGGAGCUGCUGACGAAAAAGCGGGAGCCGCUGAAGGGGAAGUACGUGCUGUGUAUGCUGAGCGACGACUUUUCGUACCUGGACCUGCUGCUGAAGGACUUCGCGCGAGGAAAGGAGCGCUACAUGGGCGUCUUCAUAAUGUUUAACUGCCACCUGAAGGACGACUCUGUACUGAAGAAGAUAGCGGCGCAGAUGGACUUCGAUAAGGUGCUGGGCUGCUUUGAGCUGCACAUGAACUUCGUGACGUUCGAGUCCAAUGUGUUCUUCACGCAAAACUACUACUUCAAGGACCUGUAUAACAUGCUGGCGUCGCAGAGCACGUACGCGGGGCUCAACUCAGGAAGGCAGGCCCCGAACGACGGGGGAAGGACGAGCGCAAGCCUGCAGGAGUACGUCGACAAGGUGGCGAGCAGAGUCGCCAGCGUCUGCUCAGUCUUGAACGUGCAGCCGAAGGUGAGCUUUUACAAAACCAAGUACGGAGUGACGGGCAUGGUGGCCUCGGCAGUGGAGCGCCUGCUGAUCACGACGCUCGACGCGAAGGCCUCGACCAACAGCGAGCUGAUCAUUUUCGACAGGUCAGUCGACUUCUCGCCGCUGUUCAUACACGAGUACACGUACCAGGCGUUCAUCUACGACCUCGUGCAGAUAGAUUACUGCACGUACCAGGACGAGCAGGCGGAGCCGCAGCUGGACAGGGCAGGCUCGAGCUUGAAGAGGAGCCCGAGAAUGGACAAGUUCGACAACUGCUUCAAGUACAAGCUGAUCACGGCCUCGAACAAGGACGAGGUGAAGGAGGCGCUGCUGGACCCGGAGCAGGACUUCCUGUACAAGGAGUACAUGCACCUGCACAUCCAGCAGGUCAACGCGAAGGUGUCGGAGGAGAUCAACAAGAUCUCGGACGACACCACGAGCCAGGGGAAAAGCGACUCGAGCAUGCAGAACACGCUGGACCUGGUGAGAAGGCUGCCCAACUACCAGUACACCUUCGACAAGUGCUGGGCGCACCUGCGCCUCAGCGAGCGCUGCUUCAAGUACGUCGAGUCCCGGCAGCUGGUGAAGGUGGGCGUGGUCGAGCAGAUGAUCGCAACCAACAUGGACUCGAGCGGGAAGCACGUGAGCCACUCGAAGUGCCUCGAGAAGCUGCAGGAGGCGCUGGCGGAGCCGCUGGACGACAACGACAAGGUGCGCCUGAUUCUGCUCUACCUCACCAACUACACAAACCUGACGAGGGCGCACCUGUCGAAGCUGACGCUGAGGCUGUCGCCGAGGGCGCUCAGCGUGCUGAACAACGUCCUUUCGAGGCUGCCAGUGACGAGCCUGAGCUCCGGGGACCCUGCGAACGCCGGCGAGACUGACUACUGGGCGCAGGAGCAGUCGCAUUCGGACUCCAGGAGCAAGGACAGGGACAAGGACGACAAGAGCAAGGACAGCAAGGUGGUCCACAGGAUAGAAAAGGGCGAGCUGUACAACUACUACAAGAAGGUGCACUCGGAGUACGAGCUCUCGCGCUACCUCUCGGAGAUCAUCUUCGUGCUCCUCCAGUACGUCAACCACCACUUCUCGCACCCGCUCAUACAGUCGGCCACGCAGGGCCCGCCUCCGGGGGAGAAGAAGCACAAGAAUCACGACAACCUGGAGAGCUUCAACAUGCUCCUCAAGAGCGGCCACGAGGAGCGCAAGAAGCUGAUCGUAUACGUCCUCGGCGGCAUAAGCUUCUCCGAGUGCCGCGAGAUCUACAGACUCUGCGAACGCAAGAACGUGGAUGUGUACUUGGGAGGCGACGAGAUUCUGAUCCCCUCGAAGCUGAUGGAGGAGUUCAGCAACUAG